AGCUUUAGCUAUCGCAUCGAGUAGUACUGUUACGAUAGCCAACGACCGCAGCGAAUUCUACAAAAUUUUUUUAAAUCUGUUAUGUCACGCGCGAGACACGGGUAUCGUAGAAUAUGAAAUAAGAACUGGUUGUGCAACGAUUCACGUUGAAUAAUUCGACCAUUUUGUUCUUUACCGUUCGCGAGGCGAGACAGAAAGUACAUAGCACGAAGCACGAGGGUUUUGACACGAUGCGAAUUGUAUGCUGCAUUAAUAAGGGCAAAGGUGUUUCAUAAGAAUUAGCCUAUCGACCUUGAGGUUCUCUAGUUCUAUCGUUCCGUGUUCGGUUCGUGGCCAACCCUGUGUCGAAUUAAUCUUGAAUCAGAAUCAGAGGUCUUGUCGUCGAGACCAAAGAGACUGAACGAGAGUUACGAGCAAAACUAUAUACGAUCGAUUGAAAAUUGAAACGAUUGCACGCUCGAAGGUUGCUCAAACGAUUUACGGUUUACGGCUUACGAUGAUUCCGUCUGCCGUCCGAAGUAUCGUCCGUCGUUCGUUCUCCACGUCAAAAUGGAGUGGUGCGCAGCAGAUGACCGUACGAGAUGCUUUGAAUUCAGCCCUGGAUGAGGAAAUGGAGAGAGACGAGAAAGUAUUUUUACUCGGAGAAGAAGUAGCUUUAUAUGAUGGUGCUUACAAAGUGUCUAGAGGUUUAUGGAAGAAGUAUGGAGAUAAGCGCGUCGUAGAUACCCCCAUUACCGAAGCAGGAUUCGCUGGGAUCGCUGUUGGUGCUGCCAUGGCUGGUCUACGCCCUGUCUGCGAGUUCAUGACAUUCAACUUCUCGAUGCAAGCAAUCGAUCAGAUCAUUAAUUCUGCUGCAAAAACGUUCUACAUGUCUGCUGGCAGAGUAAACGUUCCUGUUGUCUUUCGUGGUCCUAACGGGGCAGCCGCGGGUGUGGGUGCGCAACAUUCACAAUGCUUCGGCGCCUGGUACAGUCAUUGUCCUGGCUUAAAAGUGGUAUCGCCUUACACCAGCGAGGAUGCAAAAGGUUUACUAAAGGCUGCUAUUCGAGAUCCCGAUCCUGUCGUCGUACUAGAAAAUGAAAUCUUGUAUGGGAUACAGUAUCCCAUGUCGGACGAAGCUCUGUCGAAAGAAUUUGUUCUGCCUAUUGGUAAAGCAAAAAUUGAACGAGUUGGAAAACAUGUUACCAUGGUGGCACAUUCCAAAGCGGUCGAGCAAGCGCUCGAAGCAGCGAAUGAACUUGCAGGAAAGGGUAUAGAGGCUGAAGUAAUAAAUCUUCGAUCUUUGAGACCGCUGGAUAUAGACACGAUCGUGCAGUCGGUAACAAAGACAAAUCACAUUUUGACCGUGGAACAAGGUUGGCCGCAGUGUGGUAUCGGUGCGGAAAUCAGCGCAAGAAUUUCCGAAAGCGAAGCGUUCUACCACCUCGAUGCCCCUGUAAUUCGUGUUACGGGUGUCGAUACACCCAUGCCUUAUACAAAAAGCUUGGAAAUCGCUGCACUGCCACAAAUGAGCGACAUAGUGUUUGCUGUGAACAAAAUACUUGGCGUAUCAGAGUAACUAUUUCUAGAAAUUUAUAGGUAAAAUUCAAAUUUCCCUUCAAGUUGACCGAUCCUGCCAAUUUCUUACUCACCAUCUUCAACCCGUUCCUUGAUUUAGCGUCCUCUAGAUUCCUUGCUAGGUAAAGAGAGCAUGUAGCGGAGAGUAAGUACAAAGUUAAAUAAUAAUAAGAAGAAAAAUUAUAGAAAUUUAUGUUUAAGCAACUCCGGAACUUUCGCGCAUAUAGAAAGUGAAACGUUUAUUUGUUAAUUGGUUUCUAGUACAUGCAAACAUACUUGUGAAUACCGUUAACGUACAUAUACAUAGUAUAUACUAUAUACUCUACACUAUAUACUAUAUGCAUACAUGUAUAUGAUGUGAUAUACGUAUGAACAGUAAUACCUACGAUGGAAUAUUUAAAUUAUAAUGUAGAUCCAAAUAACAAAUCAACAUUACGCGUCGCGGAACGUACGCAAUGGACGUUGAUAACAUGAAAGAAUUGUAAAUUAUUGGCGUGUAUGAAAUGAGCGUGUAAACGCUGCAUUUGUUUAUCGAUUAUUUAUUACUGAAACGUAAUAAAUUGCAAUGUACAUAAAA